CUCCCUCACUGUCUUGUACUGUGCUUCCGGGGCACAAGUGUUGCUUGGCGAUCGAUGGCUGCCGCUGCAGAUCGUCUUUGUACUCAGCCUGUUGCAAUUUUCCUGUACUUUUUCAGGGUUACUUGGAUGUAGUAGCGGGGAUAAUUCGAGGAUAUAUUUAUAUAAAUAUUUUUUGAUUAAAUAAAUAAAUAAAUAAAUAAAUAAAUAUAUAUAUAUAUACAUUUGUUGUAAUUCUUUUUUGGCUUGAUUAGGACUGUGAUAGGAAUUUCGGUCGUAUGAUUUAAGGCGCUGUGGUGAAGCGGACGGGGAGGUGGUGAAGGGAUUGAGGAGGUUUGAAGUCAUGGCAGCAUCCGGGGGGAGGAGAGGGAUGAAGGCGAUAGGGGAAGCUUUGAUGCGGUCGCAGAGGAGGACCGUCACGUACAUGCCGCGGCCCGGGGAUGGUAGUCCAAGGGCCGUCACGUUGUUGCCUGGGGAUGGAAUCGGGCCAUUGGUCACUGGAGCGGUGGUGCAAGUGAUGAAGGCGAUGCACGCGCCGGUGUAUUUCGAGGAGUAUGAAGUGUCGGGGAAGAUGGACAAGGUGCCGACGGAAGUCAUGGAUAGUAUUCGCCGAAACAAGGUUUGCUUGAAAGGAGGCCUUGCCACGCCUGUUGGAGGAGGUGUUAGUUCUCUGAAUGUGCAGUUGCGGAAGGAGCUGGAUUUAUUUGCUUCACUCGUGCAUUGCUUUAACUUGCCAGGCCUUAAGACGCGCCAUGACAAUGUCAACAUUGUGGUUAUUCGGGAGAAUACCGAAGGGGAGUAUUCUGGUCUUGAGCACGAGGUCGUCCCCGGGGUCGUCGAGAGCCUUAAGGUAAUCACCAAGUUCUGCUCGGAGCGCAUUGCGAAAUACGCCUUUGAGUAUGCUUAUCUCAACAACCGCAAGACAGUAACAGCAGUGCACAAGGCCAACAUCAUGAAGCUUGCAGAUGGCCUUUUCCUAGAAUCUUGCCGUGAGGUAGCUAAAAACUAUCCAGGUAUCAAAUACAACGAGGUUAUUGUGGAUAACUGCUGUAUGCAGCUUGUGUCGAAGCCCCAGCAGUUUGACGUCAUGGUAACACCAAAUUUGUACGGAACUUUGGUAGCCAAUACCGCAGCUGGUAUUGCAGGCGGAACUGGUGUCAUGCCAGGAGGCAAUGUCGGAGCUGACCACGCUAUUUUUGAGCAGGGAGCUUCUGCCGGUAAUGUGGGAAAUGAAAGACUGGUUGCUGGUAAAACAGCCAAUCCCACAGCACUGCUCUUGUCAUCCGCCAUGAUGCUGCGGCAUUUACAGUUCCCAUCUUUCGCAGACAGGCUGGAGCAAGCUAUGAUGGCUGUCAUAGCGGAGGGAACCUACCGCACUAAGGAUCUCGGGGGCACUAGCACUACCCAAGACGUAGUCGAUGCUGUUAUUGAUAAGCUACAGUAACUGCCUCAUUUUUAUUUAUUUUAUUUAUCCUGUGCUACAGCGUUGGUGACUUAUUUGAAGCAAGUUUCUGUUUGUAGAAAUUGUUUCUUCCCACAAUUCCGCCAUCAAGUUUAACAAUGGUCUUGCCUAUUACUGGUACGUCUGUGAUGAAAAGUAAAAUCCUUCCACAUAGCCGAUGUCGGCCAAAUGGGGCAGAUAGCAGGUUCAGGAUUACAUAUUGUUGUACGAAUAAGAAUUGAGAUGGCCAUCCGCAAGCCACAAAUAAAGAGAAAGUUGCGUCAGAAGUAGGAGCGCAGCCUUUAUGGCAGGUCUAUGCCAACGUUGCUGCCACCAUCACUGACAGCACCAACAUUCUAGGGUACAGGGUGCGCCAUGUUUUGAUGUUUCCGCCCUGGUUGAGGCAAUUCUCAUGGGGAUAAUAGUCACCAUUCUUUGUGUAUCCUUACAGUCAAAGUUCUCGGCUGCUCGAAUUCCACGUUUGUUUCACGCUGGAUUUGUCGAGGCUUGGUUACAAAAUACACAAGGGAUGAUGAGCGGGCGCGAACUGUCAGCUUAGUCAUAGUGCAUGUUGGUUGGGAUCCUGGUCCAUAAAACUGGGCUUGAGACGGGCCUACUGUAUGUAUGUUCCAGAAUGAAUAAUCGUUACGAUUCUAUAUCGUAGGCUCUUACUUCAAAAUUGUUGAUGGGGGCUUCACGGAUGAAAUGUAAUGAAUCGCAGUUA